UUAUUUCUGGGUGAUGCAUCUUACUCCUCAAACUGUGACACCCCUUUCUUAGUAAGAAUUCCUUAUCUCCUCGCUCCUCGCCAAUCUCUCAUUCCUCUUUUAUCUGAUCCUUUCUUGUCGGUUCCUUCAGAUCUUUUACCAUCUCAAUAGCAUACACUGCAAGACCUCUUUAUCAUUCCUUUGAUCACUUCGCUUUAAUUCUAUCUCUAAGUUACUAUUCUUAUCGUGCAGAGGAAUUUAUUGAAUUGGUCUGGCUCUCUCGAUUCUUCGAGAAUCCGCUUAAGGUUUAUAGCCAGCUACUAGCUGUGAUCAGUGAGUUUUGACCAUUGAUCCUUGUAAAUAGGUCCAGAAAGAGCUGCCUCUUUUGGAGGAUUUCAGGACUUGUGAGGAGGUGAGAUGGCGUCAUUGCAAGGACCAGUUAUUUGCCCUGCUGUGCGUGCAAAACAAGCAGGAUUUUACACUCUGCCAGUGAAUGUUCCUUUGGCGAAUGCUAGGCUUGUUGGAAAUGGGUUAUGGAGAUUCAAGAGGAUCAAUGGUUACAAAACGAAAGUGGGUUUAUUUUCUCCUCAACUAAUUGCACAUGGGCGCUAUACUCUGCAGUGUUGUUUAAGUUCAUCCUCGAAUGGCAGUGGGAGCACGGCCGAGAACUUCAAUGAGAACGAUGAAGACUAUGUCAACUCUAGCAUAGUUGAAGCUGUUGAGGUUAAGAGCGGGGUAGAGGGUUUCAUGAUCAAAAUGAGGGAUGGGAGGCACUUGCGAUGCGUCCAUAACAACCCUCAAGGUGGGCAUCUGCCAGACUAUGCACCACAUCCUGCAAUUGUAUUGAAGAUGGAAGAUGGGACCGGUCUUCUUCUCCCUAUAAUUGUUUUGGAGAUGCCAAGUGUGUUGCUCAUGGCAGCUGUUCGCAACGUUCAGAUAGCUAGACCAACUUUGUAUCAAGUGGUGAAGGAAAUGAUUGAGAAAAUGGGCUAUGAAGUCAGACUGGUUAGAGUUACUAAGAGGGUGCAUGAGGCAUAUUUUGCUCAGUUAUACCUCACAAAGGUGGGUAAUGAGACAGAAUGUGUCAGCUUUGACCUUCGUCCUUCAGAUGCCAUCAAUAUUGCAGUGAGAUGCAAGGUACCGAUUCAAGUCAAUAAGUACCUGGCAUACAGUGAUGGGAUGAGAGUUAUUGAAUCUGGAAAGCUAACACAAUCUCCUGCUUCAGAUGUUUUAUUCACUGAACAAGAUCGGCCUACUGGUCAGCCUUGUCUUGACACCAAGGAGUUUAAUCUUGUCCGCAAUAUGAUUACAGCUGCCAUUGAGGAACGUUACCAAGAUGCAGCUCAAUGGAGAGACAAACUUGGUCAAUUUAGGGCUAAAAGGAACUUGAAGAAACAUAUAUAAUAGUUAGUCCACGAGAAAUUGUAUAUAGAAACCAUUGUUGGAUGCUCAUGAGAUUAGCUGCAUACAGCAGUAACCAGCCACGUCCCUUUCCUUUUCUACCAAUGUGUAUGUAACAAGUUUGUGAAUAUAUAUAUGUAUAGAUAAACUUUGCUUAUGAGACGUUGAAGCAAUUAACACUAGUUGAUUUCUGCUC